AUGGCAACCAAAUGUACAUCAUGUGGUGAACAAAUUACAUCAUUAUCUAUUAUGUACAAGUGUCGUCAAUGUGUUGACCAUUUUGUUUGCCAAUUAUGUGAGGAAAAGGAACAUAAUCGAACAGGUCAAUUAUUCCAUACACUUGAUGAAAUGAGUGUAUCAGCCGCCAAAUCUAUGGCAAAUUCUGCUACUGCAUCAUCCAAAAAUUGUAAUGAUAAACAAGAGUCAAACAAAUGUACAUCUUCGAAUUCAUCAAUAUUUACUAGUGAUGAAUAUCUUUACUCAUUUCUAACUUAUUGCAAGCAUUGCCACAGGGUAUUUAGUAUCGAAAAAGAAACAGGUUUUGAAUGUCAAGAAUGUAAAGCCUACAACGUAUGCAAACAAUGUUCUCCGCUUAUGAAUACCUUGCACUCUUCUGGACAUACCUUUAAAAUACUUUCAGAAAAUUCAACAGCAUUAACACUCAAUGGCCUCUAUCAUUUUGGUGUCACAUGUAAUGGAUGCUCAUCGGAAUGCUUCACGGGGAAGCGCUAUCAAUGUCGAGAGUGUUCUCCGAGUUAUGAUUUAUGUGAAAAGUGUUUCGGCAAGAAACAUACACAUCACGAAUUUCGAUAUAUACAACACUUUAUGCUGUUUGCACAUAACCGACAAAUUCUUGCUGUUCGAACAAUGAGUUUAGCAGCAAAAAAUAAUGAUCGUAAUAGGCGCGAUUCCAUCACAGGUUGGACGGUGUCUGAUGCUACAAGAAUCCUUGAGCAAGUAAAACAAAUAAUACAAAUUUAUGUAAACGAAUUUAUAGAAAGAAAGAAAAAGCUGGACCCGGAUCAUCAUGAAACACAGCAACACUUGGAUCAAGCACAGCAAGAAUUGGAUCCAGUUGAAGAUUUAAAGAGAAGACAUUGGUGGGCCUGUUGGUAA